AUUAUAUGUGUGUGUUGGGUUCUCAAAUGUGAUUUGACGUGAGCCGUGAAUCGAAAAUAUUUCGUAGUCGCCCUCGUUUGAUUGUAAUAAAAUUUAUUUGAACCAUAGUUUCGUGCAUGUGAUAUAAGAAGAUUGUUGAAGAAAUGAGAUGAUGUGAUUUUAAACAUAUAUUUUUGAAAUGGAGUCUAUAGCUAAUCAAAAGGUGUCGUGUAUAGUCAACUUUGCAUAUGAUGCAUUAGAACCAGAUGAGUUGACUGUGAGACCCGGUGAUAUAUUAAGAGAAGUAGAAAGACUGCCAGGUGGCUGGUGGAAAGGAGAAUUGAAAGGAAGACGUGGAAUGUUUCCUGAUAACUUUGUUUCCGUCCUAACUGAACAUAAUAAUGCAAGAUCGGGUGUAGUGCCAGGGCGUUGUCGGGCAGUGUUUAGUUACCAACCUGCUAACCCUGAUGAGUUACCUCUUUGUGUGGGGGACGUGUUGGAAGUACUAGGAGAGGUAGAGGAGGGGUGGUGGCAGGGGCGGCGCGCGGGGCGGUCGGGCGUGUUCCCGUCCAACUUCGUGGUGAUGCUGGAGCCGCCGCCCGCGCAACCCGCGCCGCCCGCACCCGUCGAGCCAGCGCCGGCGUUGCCGCCCAAGCCGGUAAAGGAGCAAUGUCGCGUACUAUUCCCUUACUCGGCGGUGAACGAUGAUGAGCUGACGCUGUCGGAGGGCGACAUAGUGAACAUCGUGUCGAAGGACGCGCCGGACCGCGGCUGGUGGAAGGGCGAGCUGCACGGGCGAGUGGGACUGUUUCCGGAUAACUUCGUGCAGUUGUUACCGGCUGUCGCCCAAGAGGUCGAAGAAAAGAAACCAGAUCGGCCGCCUGCGAAGACAAGCCCGCUGUAUCCCGUACUCAACAAGUACAGCGAGAAAACCGCCUCCGUCAAAGAACUGACUACUUCUAAAGUAAGCAUGCACAAGGAAAAUACAUUAAGCAAAGAAAGCAGCGCACAAAGUACAGUCACGCACACAAAUAAGAGUGAAUCGGAAAAAGUUAUACAAAGUGAAACGGUUACAGAUGGAACGCUUGAACAUAUAAAGAAACCUCCAGUGCCAUUAAAGAAAAGUCCUACUCCCACCUCAGGCGUGGGCGGGUUGUUCAGCGGAUUGAAGAGCAAAAUUAUUCCAUCAUCAGAGAAGACGGAAAAAUCAUCAACAACAGUGUCAAGUGGAAGCAGCAAUAGCGGCGAGUGGGACCGCACCGACGGCAGUGCGGCCAGCAAGUCCAGCGCCAACGCCAACGCCAACGCCAACGCCAACGCCAGCGCCAACUCCAACAGCAAUACCAAUACCAAUGUGAACGCAGCCAACAAUACGUUCGAUCACAUCGAAAGGAAUUCAAUUUUGAACGAUCCAAGGGCUGGCAGGGUGAAGGCGCCGCGCCGCCGCCCGCCCAGCCAGGCGCUGCGCGACGACGCGCCGCUCGGCCUCACCAACGGACACGAGGUUCCGUCAGAAAAACCAGCGCCUGAAAAGGCGGAGGAGAUUAAACCUCGAACUCGUGAAUGGGAAAAACACAAAGCACCCUGGAUGGAGGAGUUGAAGUUGAACCAAGCGAAGAAGACGAGCUUCGGGUCUGAAGGGAAAUCUAGAUCGGUGUCAACUUCUUCUGAAGCUAGCGGUAUUGCCAGUAAAGCGGGCGGCGGUAGCACUGACAGAAUUCUGGAAUGUGGUCUAGAGGAGAAGCGUUCAUCUCAUUCCAUGGAAAUGUCAAAGAGUACUUCAUCGAUAAGCAAUAGAAUAUCUGUGCUAGAGACUUUGGAGCUCAGUAUAGAGACGAAAUCGCGCCAAUCUACUGAACCUAAGAAAGACGUCCCACCGGAGCUUCCGACGAGCAAACCGCCCACGCUGCAGUCUCCCACCGCCGCCGGUCGAACGAUAAUCUCGAUGUUAGACGAGAUCAAGAAACCUCCCGCGCCGGCCCCGCCCAGCGCGUCGAGUCGCACCACCAACGACAACUCCGACAAGUUUCCGAACGUCAAGCCCGACAAGCCCGAUAGGCAGUCCAUCGUCGACAAACAGAGUGAAACCACUUCGAUUAAUAAGUUCGGUAUCGAGAAGUCGACUGCCGGGGCGAUGGAGUCGAGUGAAAGGAUUGAAGAUAGAACCAUGAGCUCGAGCACCCUGGAGAGGCGGUUCCAUUCGCUGAAAACUGAUAAGGCUGAGGGGUCAGAAGUGUUAAUAGCUCAGCUCAAUGACAGGAUAUUAAACCUAGAGAAGCUAUUAGAAGUACAAAAUGCUAAAUUUAACGCUGCAAUUGAAGAUCUAACACAUAAAUUAAAACAGGAGUCUGAUAAGCGUCAAGCGUUGCAGUCGGAAAUAGAAAAACUUGCUCAUUGCGUCACACAAGUGUAAUGUAAGUGUUGCAAAUAGUGAACUUCUUGCGAAGUGGAUUAAAAUUAGGGGUAAAACGACAAUUAAGUAAAAGCGGAUGUAUCCGACAUGAAACCUAAUAAUAAAUGUUAGAAUUAUUAGUAAUGCGAUAAAUAUUACAAGCACCGCAAAAUUGCAUUCGUGUAGCAAAAUAAUUAGAACGAUUGCAUGUCACUGUAGUGUCAAUUUAUGCUAAGUAUCGGUUUUUUCUUUGAACACAUCAGUACCACGCAGGCGUGAGAAUCCCGCAAUUUUUUACUAAUUGACGAAAUAUGAUAAUAAUUUGACUGUUUAAAAAUUGUACCUUAUUAAUCAGUGACAAUUCUUUGUGUACUUUAUGCAGUUGAUACAUAAUAUUCAGUUUAAUGACGUCAUUAUACAAUAAUUGUUAAUAUUUAUAAACGCUUGUGAUAUAAUAAAUUCCUUGACGGUUAAAUGAGAUAGCUGUACUUAAGUCCGCAUGUACAUUAUAGAAGGGUUAAGGGCUUUAGAUAAGAUUAUUGUAGGGUAAUUCAAUUUUUAAUAUUAUGUGAGAUGUUGUUGAGAAUGUUUUUAUUUUUAAUAUUACUCUUUAAUUUGUUUUGUUUUUUAAGUGCUAAUAUUUAUACGUACGUAGUCUGAAUUUUAUACAAGAGAUUAUGACGUCAGGCUGUAGGUUAGGCGAAUAUAACUCUGUAUCUCGCAUCCUUGUCUUCGCGGCCAAACUAGCGAAUAAAAUAUAUUUUAUUGUGCAACUAUCUCGGCUAUAAUUUGGUCGCUCAUAUGUAAACGAACUUUAAAUAUGAUCUAACGCUCAACAUAAAUAAGAAACCGUUCAGCGAGAGAUAAAACUUAAUAUUCAAAUGUUAAAAUUCACAUGAUUUGCGGCGUUUUAAAUGAAAUUAUUUGGAAGAAUAUGUUUGCUACAUCGUGGUAGUGUGAGUAUGGAAUAGUAUGCCUUGUUGUCUCGUAUGAAGUUUGAAUUUGAGCUCUAUGAAAAUAUAAAAUAAUGAAAUGUUCGACACUAAACGGUUUCUUACUAAAUGUACUUAUAACCGUAGGGUUUCGUAAAUUUGUGAAGCAAGUCGUUCAAAAUUAAGUUUCAGCAGUCAAUUUUGAUUACAAAAAAAAAGUGCCAUUUUAUUUUGCUUUUCGCAAGUGUAAAUUGAAUUAGUCAUCUAUAGAGAUGUUAAAAAGAUUGUGAUUAAAUAGGUGGUACCAUCAUGGUGAUCAUCUAUUGUGAUUUGCACAUUCCAUGUUCGUAAGCAAAGUGUACAUAUUUAUGGCAUAUAAGGCCAAAUGUGCACAACGCACAUUGCGGUUAUCAAUUAGUAUUGAUCUUUAAUUUUAUAUAUAAAUUGUUAUAUUACUCAUAUGUAAUAAGACAUGAAUAAACUUUCAAUGUAAUAAAAAAAUAAUUAAAAUUAAAGUUCAAUAUUAAAUAUAGUAUUUGUUAUUCUCUUAUAAUAAUGCGCUUUCAAUAUGAAUAGGUAAAGUUUGUUAUUGACUAACCACUGCUCCCUUGUAAUACGAAGGGUACGCGUAAUUAUUGCGAAGGCCAUAUUUUACAUGUAGUUAAUAUAUUUUUAUAUUUGUACAAACAUACAUGUCCAUAUGUUUUCAUAUAACCUCAUAUUUGUACCUUUUCUUCAAACAUAUCUUUGUAUUUAUUUCAUGUAGAUUAUAAAUAAUUAAUAUUUACAUCCAGUACAGAUGAACAUACAUUAUAAAGGAAAUGUAAUGAUAGCGUAUAUGUAACAUGAACUUGUAAGGUUGUGUUGUACCAUCCAUUAUUUAUAUAAAUGUGACCAUGAUUUGUGUUUUCCAAUCACAUUUUUGAUGUUUAUUUAAUUCUUCAGUUGUAAUUUACUAAAUUAAUGUCAUAAAAAUCUACUUAUAAUAUUAUACGAUAAAUUAUGUUUUAUAAUAAUAAUAAGUAGUGCCUAAUUAACUAUUUAGCGUCAAAGUUUUACAGACAGCCGGUUAAAUUAUUAAUAUCAGAUGGUUUCUAUCAAUAUAUAUAACAGUGGAUAUCCGGUUGGGUCGUUAUAAAUCGCUUAGUAUCGCUUUAGAGUAUGUAGUUUUGGUUAUAUUGUGAUAAAUAUUGCCUAACGCAUAUACUAAAAUUAAUAUGUAAAUUGUUUCAAUGGCUUUAAUAGUGCACAAAUAUGUCACAUAAUAAACAUUUAUAGAAUUUUUAUUACGCAAAACUUUAACGUAUAGAAACUGAAUAUUCACAUUUAUUAUAACAUAGGUAGUACAAAAUUUAAUAGCGUCAAUGUGACAGUAUUGGAUAUUUGUAAAUUUAAUUGUAGACUUGUUUUAUGAAAACUAUUCAAACUGUCGUUAUUAUAUAGUUCGUAUGUAUUGAAUUGGAAAUGUAUUGUUAACAUAUUGUUCGCCCUCGUCUUAUUUGUAAACAUUUAAUUUAAAUUUGAAGUGUAUGGCAGAGUUUACUUCGUAAACUCAUGAUUUUAAUACUUUUCAUAUUAUUUUUGUGAUAAAUAUUUCAUAUUCUGUAAACUUAUCUAUUUUUUACGGUCCUUAUCACUUUGCUGAUUUUAAAAUAGAAAUUUGAAUAUUUUAAAAUACAAAAAAAAAUGUUUUUUUUUUUUUUUGCGUAUUAUUUGACAAAAUUAUUUAACGAAUGUGGUUUUUUAAAAGCACUUGAAUAAAUAUCAAAGAUUAAAAACGAAUUUGUUUUUAUUUAAUUCGGAACGAUCAUGUUUCAACAUUAUUAGAAACAGUUAGCGUUGCGAAACAGAUUAUAAGGUUAAAGGUUAACAAACGAGGCUAUGGACUGAAUAUAUGACUCAUUUUGCUCUGUAACCUCGGAGCAUUGUGAAAUAUGACAAAAACAUUCAAAAUAUGUAACAGAAUUGUAUAUUAUUUAAAAACAAAACAAUAACUACUACUAUUUGGCGAAACACUAUUUAUUCAUAUAACUGUCGAGUGUUUAAGUCGAUUGAAAUACGUGUACCUGACAUUUUUAUAUUGUUACAUUAGAUAUGCGAGGUCGCCGCUCGCGUAAAAUAUUUCUUUACGUUCUUUUUCUUCUUUGAAAUAUAUUGUUUGAAUUUCUUAAAAAAAAAAAACAAAUUCAAAUUACAGAUUAAAUUAGAUUUAAACAAAAUCGGGAUUGAUGAUUUGACAUGAAUGAUAUAAUUAUGUACUACUGCUAAAAACUAGGACUAGGCCUAGAAUGAGGUAAAUGCAAAAACCUUUUAUUGUAUGAAGUCAUAACUCAAUUCAUAUCAAUUCUUGUCAUGCGAAAUUUAGAGGCGGUUGAUUAUUCACGUCAAUAAUUGCAUUUAUUAACUCUCCAUGUAUAUACGUAUAAAUAUUUUGUAGAUGUUUUAAAUGUACAUAAAGUUGUCGGGAAAACGAAAUAUCACACUUAGGUUUAUAAGAUAAACCAGAGUUUAUGUUGUAUGAUAAAGAACAUUUUUAGUACUUAAUUUAUGUUACAGACAUUGUCCCGUUCCAUUGCAUUCCUAAGUUUUACGAAUAUUCGUAUUAUGAUAAAUAAAUUUAUGAUUGUACCUUUA